CCUCCCUGGACUGACCUAUCCCCUCCCUUCCUCCCCACCUACACUCACCUUUACUGGCUCCAUCCCCGCCUCUUCGACCUGUUUGUUUCCUCUCCACCUAUCUUCUUCUCUAUCCGUCUCCCCUCUCUCCCUAUUUAUUUCAGAACCCCCUUCCCCUCCCCCAUUUCUGAUAAAGGGUCUAGGCCCGAAACGUCAGCCUUCCUGUUCCUCUGAUGCUGCUUGGCCUGCUGUGUUCAUCCAGCUCUACACCUUGUUAUGCUAAAAGAUUGACUUGGUUAAACUUGACUGACUUGAUUUGCCGUUCACUGAUGAAAAACCAUGUCGAUUCCAUUUCUGAAGAAGGGUCUAGGCCCGAAACGUCGGCCUUCCUGCUCCUCUGAUGCUGCUUGGCCUGCUGUGUUCAUCCAGCUCUACAUCUUGUUAUCUCGGUACCACCAUGAUUUUUUUGUCCUUCCCAACUCCAAGGAUGUCUACAAAGAGGUGAUAAAGUUUAUAUCAGAUGCACCCUGCUGUAUCUUAGAUGCCAGAUUUGGAGAAUUCUGCCCCACAACUUGUGGAGUUGCUGAAUUUUUUCAAAAGUAUCAAACAACAGUUGAUGACUCACUUGGGACAAUUGAAAAGGAUUUGCGUGACAUUCAAUAUAAAAAUAGCAUGACAAAAAAUAAGACUGAGACCAUUGAACAGUCCAAUCUUAUCAUUCAGAAACAAUUGCCAGACGUAUACAUUCAAAGAAUCCGCGAAGUAGAAGCAGAGAUUCUCAGGUUUGAAAGGACCACCGAAGACAGAGAUCAGGAGCUACGGGAUUUGGAACAGCUUUUAGUAUCGAACAAUGAAGUUAUCGUUGAUUUAAAGAGGAUAACCCAACAACUUCAGGACAGGUGCAGUGAGCCAUGCCAUGACACUGUUCAAAUAAAUGAAAUCACAGGGCCAGACUGUCAAGAGAUUGCUGACAAAGGUGCUACAACAAGUGGCCUGUACUACAUCAAACCAGUGAAAGCUCGGCAGCAGAUGCUAGUUUAUUGUGAGAUUGAUGAAUUAGGGAGAGGCUGGACAGUGCUCCAAAGGCGACUUGACGGCAGUGUGAACUUUCACAGAAACUGGAUUUCGUAUAAGGAGGGAUUUGGAUACUUGUCACCUGAUGGGAGCACAGAGUUCUGGAUUGGGAAUGAGAAAAUACAUUUACUAACUACACAGAGCAAUAAACAGUUUGUACUCCAAAUAGACCUGAUGGAUUGGACAGGUCAACAGAGACAUGCUAAAUAUUUGAAUUUUAAAGUGGGAAGUGAGGAGGACAAAUAUCGAUUGCUUUAUGGCAUGUUCAUUGGAGGAGAUGCUGGAGAUGCCUUUGCUGGUUUUGACUUUGGAGACGAUCCCAGUGAUAAAUUCUAUACAUCACACAACUUUAUGCAGUUUAGCACAAGCGACUUUGAUAAUGAUAAGUAUGAAGGCAACUGUGCUGAACAAGAUCAAAGCGGCUGGUGGAUGAACAAAUGUCAUGCAGGAAAUCUUAAUGGCAUAUAUCACCGAGGUGGCCCUUACACAGCAUCGAACAAUGGGUUUGAUAACGGUAUUGUUUGGGCAACAUGGCACAGUCGCUGGUAUUCCCUGAAAGAGACCACAAUGAAAAUCAUGCCAGCAGGAAAAUAUAAUGAAUUACAAAGGAUGGGACAGACCGAGCAGUCUCAAUUAUCAAGAGGCGAUUACUAAUUAAUUCAAACAAAAUCAUCACCAUAGCAUUCAUAUAAUUUGACUUCCAGUUCAUUAUACUGUGAAUGCUUUUAAGUUGUAAACGUUCAAAACAGAAGUGAACUUGCCAUAUGCUAACACCAAACUGACAGAGACCACAGUAAAGGACCCAUUCCAAUGCAAAACCUUAACUUCACUCUUUUGAUUACCACAACUCUGUUGUCAUGUGUGUCUAGCACGAAUGAAGGCAUGAGUUACUUUUAACCCAGCUUCCCUGAAUUGAUAACUUUGUUUCCUUAGAGGAGAUCCCAUACAUGAGAAGCACCAAAUCCUUGAAUCAUUUCCAUUUAUCUUUAUUAGCUGAUUCACCUGCACUUUUCCUAUGUCUAGCAAUUUUGUACUUUCUUUGGGUGCUUUUAUCAAUAAAGUUACAAUUUUUCUCAAA